AUGUCAGAAUGGAAUCAUUUAAUUACUGAAUGGGUUAAUGAAUAUGCAUCAUUGCAAGAAAAUGAAAUAAAAAGUUUUGCAGCAGAGCAUGAACAUAACCAUGAGAUUGCUACAGCAGUAUUCAAUCUGUUAUAUAGUGAAGAUGAGGGAGAACAACAAUCCAACCACAAAGAUGAGGCUUAUGAACAGGCACUUGAAAAUGUUUGUGUGCAAUUAUUCAGCUUCUACAGAUCAAAAGAAACUGAGCUUCAGAGAUUUACUUUACAGUUUGUUCCAACCUUAAUUUAUAAAUAUUUAAGUUCAGUAGCACAAGGUAGUACUAAGAACUGUCGGUGUAUAGAAACUCUCCUCAUUGGCCUCUAUAACUUUGAAGUUGUUGAUGAAAGUGGAAAACCAAAAGUGGUUUCUUUUAGAUUGCCAUCUUUAGCUCAAUCUUCAAUUUAUCAUGAGCCUUUAUCACUAGGGUCUCAGUUCUUAACGGAGAGUGCAUUAAGGAGAUGGGAGGAAUGUAAUACUAAACUUGUAAGCUGGGGACCAUUAUCUCAAGUGGAAGUAAUUAAUGCACAAAAUCGUUUGAAAGUGAUGGCUGCUUUACUUUUUAUUUACAACAGACAAUUAAGCUUAUUGCCAAAACUAGCACUUAGACAUUUCUGUAUCGCCGCUUCAAGGAUUAUGACACAAGGAUUUCAAAAGAAAAUUGGCAAUUCAAAAUCUAUCCCGCGAAUACCAGUGUCGUCAAAUUUCUUAUUGGAAAUGGUAGAGGGAGUAUACUUUGCGAUGUUCAAUGAAUUUUAUACUUUAGCACUUCAAGCAUUGACAGAUAUAGACCAGAGGGCACAAUAUGAGCUGUUUCCUGAUGUAAUGCUGGUGACUAGCGCCGUAAUAAAUUCUUUGAAGAACAACCCAGCAGGUCAACCCUGUGAUGGUCCAAUGGGUAUAAGUGUAGCACUUUCACCAGCAACAACCACGGUAACGAUGUCUAAAUCUAUGAUUACCAAUGCUUCUUUCCGCACCAAAAAAUUACCAGACGAUAUUCCUAUACAGACAGGGCAAGUGGCGCCCACAGAAUCGCCAGACAUGCUUACAUCAAUUACCGAAGAAGGUGAAACAGACGCGGCACCUAUACAACGAGGCGCAGUUGUUCGUAGUUCCAAACCUAAGUUUCCUGUAUUGGGAAAAAAAUCGAAAGAUGGGAAAGAGAAAGCGGUAGCGACGAAUGAGAAAAAACUUCCUGGUAAAGAUUCUUCUAAAGGCAUAUGGAAUUCGCUGAGCAGCGGUGGUGGCGACAUGGUGGAUUCACAGCAAAAAACUAAUGCCUUAGACAGUUCUUUCGACGUUAACAGCAGCCUGAAAGACGAAAUAUCUUUGUCUUCAAUUCAUAACAGUGGAGAGAAUUCUGACACUCGUUCUCAGGUCACUACCGACUCGUUAGAUUUGGAAACAACAACUUCUCGCUUCACCGCUAUGCAAGUCAGUUCAGUCUAG